GAGAAGAUCUUUAUGAUAGAAUCCCUCAUCAGGAGCAGGAGGCAGAAGAUCCGCAGCAGGAGUCCCGUUAGGAGUUCCUGCUCUCUCAUGGUUUCUGGGUUUUUCUUUCUAACUGAGGUCUGACUGCAGCUGCCUCCAGGAAAGACUUUUUACCCCCAAACUGUCUGCGUCUCGGCAGGUUUUUUGUUUGGUUCUUUCUUCUCAGAAAACCACCAAAACGGAGCCGAACGAGGACGACGGACAGCGACCCUCUCUCACCUCCGCAAUCAUGAUGUCGAUGAACAGCAAGCAGCCUUUCAGCAUGCACCCCAUCCUCCACGAGCCCAAAUACACCCCGCUGCACUCCAGCUCCGAGGCCAUCCGCAGAGCCUGUCUGCCCACGCCGUCGCUCCAGGGAAACAUCUUCGCGGGCUUCGAUGAGACGCUGCUGCAGAGAGCAGAGGCUCUGGCCGCCGUGGACAUCGUGGCCCAGAAGAGCCACCCGUUCAAGCCGGACGCCACCUACCACACCAUGACCACCAUGACCAGCAUGACCUGCACCCCCACCUCCUCCUCGGCGCACCUGCACCACCCGUCCGUGCUCACCUCCCACCACCACCACCCCGCGCACCACCAGCCGGCGCAGGGCCUGGAGGGCGACCUGCUGGACCACCUCACGCCGGGGAUCUCUCUGGGAGGCAUGACCGGCUCGGACGUCUGCUCCACGGCCUCCCACACCGCCCACGCCGCCCACAUGUCGGCCAUCAACCACAUGCAGCACCACCACCACCCGCAGUCCAUGAACAUGCACCCGCACGGCCUGGGCUCCCACAGCGCGCUGGGGGCCGCCGGCGGGGACGCGGAACCGGAUCCCCGGGAGCUGGAGUCGUUCGCGGAGAGGUUCAAACAGAGGCGGAUCAAGCUGGGGGUGACCCAGGCGGACGUGGGGGCGGCCCUGGCCAACCUCAAGAUCCCCGGAGUGGGCUGUCUGAGCCAGAGCACCAUCUGCAGGUUCGAGUCCCUGACGCUGUCGCACAACAACAUGGUGGCGCUGAAGCCCAUCCUGGAGGCCUGGCUGGAGGAGGCGGAGCGCGCUCAGCGGGAGAAGAUGUCCAAGCCGGAGAUCUUCAACGGGGGCGACAAAAAGAGGAAACGCACGUCUAUCGCUGCCCCGGAGAAGCGCUCUCUGGAGGCCUAUUUCGCCGUGCAGCCGAGGCCCUCCUCGGAGAAGAUCGCCGCGAUCGCUGAGAAACUGGACCUGAAAAAGAACGUGGUCCGGGUUUGGUUCUGCAAUCAGAGGCAAAAGCAGAAACGAAUGAAGUUUUCUGCGACGCAUUAAGAGAGCAGCGGACGUUUUGAAACAGACAAACCAGAGACGAGCUGCUGCUGCACACUGUCAGAAAAACUAAAAAACAAGGUACACCGCUGCGCCUCCCGCUCCAGGCCCAGACAUGCGCAGUAAGAGCAGAAAAAUGACCCAACAAGUCUGAAAACCUGCAGUCAGAUCCCACAUUAGGGCACAUUACUGCCCCUGUUCUCCAGAUUAAAUUCUCAUUAGCUGUUUUAUGCUUUCAAGAAUUCCUGAAAAUGUAAUUUAUUGAAGAAAAAUCUGAUUUUCCAGUGGAGCAGCUUCUCCUUUUUACGCACAAACUUCAGCUGUGGAACAGAAACAGAACCCAACAGACAGCAGCAUCGUCCUGCUCCUCUGAAAGCAAAGCCAACACUCCGUGGAGUUUUUUUUUAUUUCACUCUGGUUCCUCAUUCAUAUUUUGACUCAUUUUUUAGAGCAGCUCCACAAACAUCUGGAUACAACGGUGUACCUUUUUAUUUCUAAAUUCUGACAGUGGAGACACAUGCAGGGACCGGGAGGACAAAGACUGACACCACCCUGUCCAAAAAACUCUCCAAUCUUCUCCCAGAAGGGAGGAAGAGGCAGAAAAAGAGGAAGGAGGAAACAGCGCUCCGUCUCGUUUAUUCAUAUGGCAAUUAUUGUACAAAAAAUAAGAAUAAUAAUGACGGGAAUCGAGGAAUAAUUAUUAUUAUUAUCCUCCUUAGCCGGGAUAGCUUUUUUAUAUUUAUCAGUGUACAUAUUUGUGAAUAUAUUGCACCUCCGUGUGUGGACAAAGCUCAUUGAAAUGUAUUGAACUUUUCCUUUCCUCCCGGUGUUUGUUUCUUUCGGGAAUUCGAUCGUUUUUGGGACAAAUCAGAACCAAAACAUAUUUUAAAAAACAAACAAAAAAAAACGUCCAUCUGUGGCGAUUUAACGAAUAAACGAGGCACAAGAACUCCUGUAAUCUACUGCAUGGUUUCUGUGAGGCAGAGGGAGGUGUUUCUGUGCGUUUAUGGCUCCAAAAAAGAGGAAAAAUCAAACCAACCCACCAACCCUCCUAAAGUGAAUGCAUUGCAAUAAGAAGAAACACACACAAACACACACACACACGACGCACGAACCCACACACGCACACGGUCUAGCGGUGUGUCUACCUCAUCACGUUUCAUGGUGACUAAAAAACACGCUCACGUUAAAACGAGAAGAAUAAAAAAUAAGUAGGAUGCGUUUUGUUUUGGUUGUUUUCUGGUUUAAAAUGUGUUUUUUUCGUUCCUCUGCCACUGGGUUGAUGGUGAAUUAGACUCACUGAUGUGUAAACCUGUUCUAUGUUCACUGCAGCUUCGACAAUCAGAUGAUUAUUGUUGGUGAUCCCCUCUGUGUCCUCAUGGAUCAUUAUUCUUAUUAUUAUUGUCACUGACACCUCUGUGGAGCACUUUGUAGAUAUUCUGAUGAAGGGAAAGAGUCGGCCUUAUUUAUUCUUAUUUUCUCAGCAUUUAUUAUUUUCUAUGAUCGUUUUUCUUUCUUUACAUUUGCCCAUAUUUAUUUGAACUUAAUUUAUUUUCGGUGAAGAAAAAAGGUCAUAUUUCAUUUGUGAAAGUGUGCUUUAAAUGUGUCUGUGUAAGCGGCAGAAGCUGAAAUAAAACCGUGCACGUUUUACUGGA